AUGCUUCAUCUCUGCUCCGUUGGCCUUUAUGGAGUUGGCGCUCGGUCAAUAUACGUCGAAACAGGCCGCUCAUGUCUUUGCAAGGAUAAGCCCAAUCUCAGCCGGGUAAUUGGAUCGAUGCCGGGAGGACACCGAGUAGACGGCAUUCUUGCGUUCUUCAUGGUGUGUCUUGUGUGUUCCAAAAUAGGUGUAUCCAAGUUCUCAAAGGCUUCUCCAGUUAUUGUGAUGUUCUCCUUCAUUGCUAUUAUGCUCACAAUAUUUUCACUUCUUCCCACUGGCUACUACACGGUGUUUCCUAAGUUCUUCACGGUGCUCAACAAUGAUCCGUCCUAUUUGUUCUCGCUGGACACAUGGGCAGAAGCAGUUAUAGUGGUAAUACGUUAA